GUCCUCUCUUUCGUCGGCCACCGCUGCCACUGCUGCCACUGCUGCCGCCAAGAUGAACAUGUCUUUCAUUUGUCUCACUCCUCUCACCUCUCUAGUCCGCUCUCUUUUUCUCUCCUCCUCCAUCAGACACCUCACUCGACAUCACUUAUCAUCUCUCCAACUUUGGCCCGUACCUGACAUCUGGUCUUCUCAACUCUCGCGUCUCUAACGCGUCGGAUCGAUCCUCCCAUCUCCCCCAACCACAACACCCAGUAGCCAGCCACGAUGCGCUGCGCCGCCCUCCUCGUCGUCCUCGCCGCCUCGGUAGCCCGCGCCCAGAGCCCAACUACCACCUCCUCUGCCUCCCCCUCAAUCCCCAGCCCAACCGGCCGCGGCGAGUGCACAUGGCACAUCAAUCACUGGGAUUGCGAGCAGUCUGCGUCCUCAGCCUCGGCCGACGACCACGACGACCACGAGGGUCACAGUGACGAGGAGCAUUCGGCGUCCGGAACAGCUGCAGCUGCCGCCGCUGUCCCCUCCCCAACCGACCGCGGAGCAUGCACUUUCCACGUUGACCACUGGGACUGUGAAAAGGCCGCUGGCACAAGUGCUGCCGCGAGCGGCCCUGAAGCCGAGGCUGAGGCCGCGGCAGCGCGUGGCGAGUGCAUCAUCCACGCCGGACACACACAUGGCGACUGUUCCGAGGCGCAGCUUGCGUGCGGCGCCGUCCUCCUCGAGCACUACGACAUGCCGCUGCACAUCGGCGCCGUCUUCAUCAUCCUCGUCACCACUGCCAUUGGCUGCUUCGUCCCCAUCAUGACCGGGUGGACCCGCCGCAACGACAAGCUCACGGGCGCGCUGGACGCGUCCUCCUUCGGUCGCGACGUCGGCUUCCUCGGCAACGUCCUCUUCAUCGCCCGCCACUUUGGUACCGGCAUCAUCCUCUCCACCGCCUUCAUCCACCUCCUGUAUCACGGCUUCUUGAUGUUCAACAACAAGUGUCUCGGCGAGCUCGUGUACGGCCCCACCUCCCCUGCCAUCGCCAUGGCUGCGGCCCUCGUCACGUUCCUCUUCGACUUCCUCGGCGGCCGCACCGGCCACAGGCGGCUCGAAGCCGCGCAUGCGGCCGGCACGAGCUCGCCCGACACGGCCAGCGGUGACGAGGAGAAGAACGCGCGCGCUCCCGUCGUCUUCGACACGGGCUGCUCCCACGCCGAAGCCGUCUUCCGGCAGGAGCAGGACUGGCAGGUCCUCCUCCUCGAGGCGGGCAUCCUCUUCCACUCCAUCAUGAUUGGCGUGACGCUCGGCGCCGGCUCCGGGCCUGGCUGGACGACGCUGCUCAUCGUCAUCGUCUUCCACCAGUUCUUCGAGGCCGCCGCCCUCGGAUCCCGCAUCGCCCUCCUGUACUGGAUCUCGCGCGCCCGCGCCCUCGUCAUGGGUGCCGCGUUCAUUCUUAUUACCCCCAUCGGCGUCGGCAUUGGCAUUGGCGUCCGCAAAAGCUUUGCUCAGAACGGCAAGGCGUCCCUCCUCGCCAUCGGCAUCCUCAAUUCGGUCUCCGCCGGCAUUCUCAUGUACACUGCAUUCCGCCUCCUCUCGGGCGACUUCACCGAGGGACCCCUCCGCCGCGGCAAGUGGAGCGCCGUGGUCGCCUCCCUCACGGCCAUGUUUGUCGGCCUCAUCUCCAUGAGCAUCCUCGGCAAGUGGGCGUAGGCGUUCAUGCGGCAGUAGUAGAGCACGUGUCGGGGGUAGUAAUGUCUUAGAUAUGACUCGCACGCAUAGACACACAAUGUAUCCAUCCUAUUCUGUGA